AUGGCCGUUUGCUAUAACACCAAGCUCCACUAUGGCGUCAUCAGCAACAACUGCCAGCACUUUGUCAAGGACUGCCUCGGUGUCAUCGGAAAAAGUGGGGAUGAAAAGCAAUUUGAAGGGAAAGUGGGAGAACUUGUCGACCUUCUUAUCAAGGGAGGAGCUCAGAACACUGUGCCUGGUGAUUUUGCAACACAUGAAGAGCUCAAUUCCCACGUUAUGGCAAACCUGGAGCAGAUGACGGAAGCAGAUAUGGAGUAUUGCCUCUGUCUCUACCACCUCUUCCAUGCAUUCAAGGAAAAAGAAAGUGAAUGUUCAGACAGAACAUGCCAAGAAAAGAACCUCGAGGAAGCUCUUGAAAGAAAGAAAGCCUCUAUAGCUUAA